AAAUUCGUGUUCUCUUCGCCUUUUAUAAUUAAGAACGUUGUUGUUUGAGGUUAUUCUGCCCCUUCAAAGAAUCUCAAGAACAAUUGGCUGUGUCUUUACUUGUUCUUUUGCGCCUUCCAGAUGCAGUCAGUUAUUGCCAGACACCGUCUGCUCUCCCUUGCUGUCUGCGUACGCAGUCAGGCUCCAACGAGGUGCUCAACUGUUCUGAUCCAGAGACAGAUCCAUUCCUCGUAUAGGCUGUCCAACCAGCAGAAAGCCGACAGUGAACAAAAGCAGGCAUCGGUGAAGCUUGCUGAGGCGAAGCCAGCAGUGAAGCCAGCAGUGAAGCCAGCAGUGAAGCUCACACUAUGGGAAAAGGUUAAGCAUGAGGCAAACCACUACUGGGAUGGUACCAAACUAUUGGGGUACGAGAUGAAGGUUUCCUUCAAGUUGGUUCUCAAGUCUGCUGCUGGGUACGAAUUGACAAGAAGAGAGAAUAGACAAUUGGAGAGAACCAUCCAGGAUAUUGUCAGAUUGGUUCCGUUUUCAAUGUUUGUCAUUGUACCGUUUGCGGAGUUGCUUCUACCUAUAGCUUUGAAGUUAUUCCCAAAUCUGUUACCAUCCACUUAUGAGUCGACAAGUGAUAAGGAGAAGAAAACCAAAUCACUUCGUGCAACCAGAGAAAAGGUGUCUAGUUUGCUCAGAGAGACCGUCAAGAUGCGCUUGCCAAGUACCGUCACAGAUGAACAAAGUGCAGAGUUUAAGGACUUCAUUACAAAACUGACCCUCGGUAUUGAACAGCCAAGUAAAGAACAAACCAUGAAAGUGGCCAGAUUGUUUAAAGACGAUACUGUGCUGGACAACCUUCAAAGAGCUCAACUUGUUGCAAUGUCCAAGUACUUGAACUUACAGCCAAUCGGUACCAAUGAGAUGCUCAGAUUUAGAAUCAGAUACAAGCUCUUGAAGAUUAAACAAGACGAUAGAGCCAUUGAGUACGAGGGUGUUGACUCCUUGAAUGCUCCAGAGCUACAAGCUGCUUGUGCCUCAAGAGGUAUCAAGAUCAAUGGAAUAGCCACUGCUGAUUUGAACCACCAUCUCAAGAUGUGGCUUGACUUGACCUUGAAGGAGAAGAUUCCCGCAACGCUGCUGGUGUUGUCCAACGCAUACACCUAUGGCAGUCUGAACUCUCAGGAAACCAUUUACGAUGCUCUCCAGGCCGUCUUGAGUUCCAUGCCAGAAGAGGUUCACCAUGUGGUGGAGGCUGCUGUCGAUAGCGACAUCACCAACAAGAAGAGACUGGAUCUUCUUAAGGAACAAGAGGAGCUGAUUGAAACAGAAACCAAGCAGGUGGAAGACACCGGCGUGAAGAUCCCUGUUAAAGACAAGAUCAUCCUCGAUGACGUUGCCGAUGAGCUUACGAAGGAACCAGAGACUGAGCAAACCAAAGAAGCCAAGGAGGCUAAACUGGACCCAAAAGAUGAAGACAAAAAGGCCCAAUAAUAUACCAAUUAGACCUAUUACUACACAGAGUCGUAAUAUACAACCACCAUCAGUUGUUCUACUCUGUUUAAAUCACUAUUCCAUAUCCAAUACCUC